AGUCUCUGCUCUCAAGCACAGACACUCUGGACCUUGGUCCAACGGUCGCAGAGACCCAUCAACUGAGAGUUGACUCACAAGAGACAUGGAGUUGGGAGCGGCCGGCUAUGCCGCCGCCGGCGCCGCAGCGGCCGGCGGCGUUGGGGUGGGGCUGUUUGGGUACAACCGUGGCAACUACAUGAUGGACCAAAAGCUGCACUGGUCGCGCUUCAAUGCCGGCUUCGCCAUGGCCUCCGCGCAGACGGACCAGUACAAGGAAGACUUGGUUGACCUCACGACCCUGACCACCAACCGCAUGCACGUUUAUGCUGACAUCGCCGGGAUGACCGCGACGAUCCUGACGGCAAUCUUCUGCCCCGGACGCGUGGGCUUGCACACGCCACCUCCACCGAGUUGGCUGAUGGGCCUGAUGAUGGUGAACGUGGGAGGUGCCUACAUCUGGCUGGGGCUCACCAUGUGGCUGGCCAUGCACGCCUGCCUCCGUGCGAAUGCAGCGACCACCCACAUGCUCACCCGCUUCGUCAGGCUCCCGAUCCCCUCCAACUACAUGUUGGACCGUGCCCGAAAGUUCUUGGGAUCCUGGGAAGAGCAGCCGCUCCGCGAGGUCUUGCGCAUCCCUUGGACACGACAUCAGUAUUCCAGCAGCGGUGAGACGACCUACAACGAGGGAAUGGACAUUGACGCGGCGGCCCAGAACCGUACCCGACAUGGAGCGGACGUGCCCGCGUGGUACCGCAAGGAGCAGGCCAUCGAUUCCGGUGAGCCUUUCGAGAGCAUGAUGCCCUUGGCAGCCCAGGGGACGGCACCGGAACACUUUGAGGUGUACCGUGAGAUCCAGAACGAGUGGUGGCCAUAUGACGUCUACGCGAGAAUCAGCAUCUUCUUGGCCUUUAUGCACCUGCUUCACUGCUGGACCUAUCAGCACAUGGGCCACCUUUUCUGCGAGAACCGCGCCGUGUUCGCCGUCGGCCUCGUUUGCAUCCCCACCUGUGUCCUUCAGCACAUCCUCUUGACCCUGGACAUCAUGCCUGGCCAGUUGAACUUCUCCCUUCAGCGCUUGGGCCCCUUCGCCCAGAUCGUUGCAUGGGUGGCCUUGGCCAUCGAGUACACUCCUUACUACGAUCCGAGCACCGCAGCCAUCGGCUAUAUCUUGGUGUAUGUGGCGCACGGAUUCCACAUUAUCUACACCAUUCAGCUGCUCCGGAUCUGUGCGCCGGACUUCAGCGCACCAGACCAAGCGGAAGUGCCUCAGGGCACCUGGUGGCCGGGCCAGUGGCGUCUGCCGAAGGCCUUCAAGCACGCGGUUUGGCUGGUGGCCCCGCCCCGUCACCUGGAACCGAGCCAGAACGAUUUGGUGGGCGAGAUGCGCAAAGCCUCCGAGGGCGGGACCCAGAGCAUCGGGCAGCCGGGACGCUUGACCUUCGACGCCGUCGAGGCCAAGCGCCGGGACGUGCAUCGAGCUUUGGGCAAGCAGGGGGAGUCGCCCGCGUGGUUCAACGUCCGUACCGGUUUGUUGGGACUUCUCGUUGCUUGGAUCUACUUGGUGAUUGGCUUCACCAUCGAAGUCGCCAAUGCGCACACCAGCACUCCUUCCUUCUUGAGUGCCGGCGGCAUGCCCAACAACCUCCGCGACCCCCGCUACCGACCACCGAAGGUGGGCGCCCACGAGCCCACCGAGGUCGGCACCGGAGGAGCAAAGCAUGGCCCCGCGGUGGGCGUGAAGCACCAUGCGCGACGCUUGCAAGCCUUGGAGGGAAUCAAAACCAGUGACAUCAUCUCCACCUUGCCUCGUGAUGAGCUCGUGGCGAAGAUCCGCAGCGUGCUGCCCUACCUCCGUGACUUGGCGCAGCCCCAGACCCCCAAGGCGCUCCUGGCGAACUCCAUGAUCGACACCACCUCUGCGCCACCCCUGGCGCAGGCGAAAGCCGCCUCCGUCGAGUGGCCCGCACUCUUUGAACCCAGGUUGCUGUGCGGCCAUGCUUCCGCGCCCAAGCUUCUGGCACUGUCCCACCACGGCCGUGGUUUGAUCAUUGAGGGCCCUCACUCCACGCCCGUCGCCCUGCACGGUGGCAACAUGGGCCCGUUGCUGUCCGCGCAUUGGGACCAUCACGGGCUGGUGGUUCUGGCCUCGAGCGGUCGGACCUUCCACUGCGAUCACGGCACAUGGCACUGCAAGGACUCGGCGUUACCGCCGCUGCCUUUGGGCGCCUCGCCCUUCCGUGGUGCCGUCGCCAUCACCCGUGGGCCGCAGCCACACGCGGUGCGCGCGGCGGUGAUGUUCCCCCAGGAGAAGUCGGUGGUGAUUAUGGCACACACAGGUCACGAGAAGGAUUCCUGGCUGCCCAGCGGGGAGGCUCGCACACGUGCUGUGGCCAGCAGCGCAGCCUUUGCUGCUGAGGGGAAGGAGCUCCUGCUGACUUCUCAGGACGGUGCGGUCGCCCGGCUGCAUCUGGCCACCGGCGCUGUGACGCCCGCAGGUGGGCCGUUGGAACACCAUCGCGCCACCUGCCCUCACCAUGGCGGUCUGGCACGGCUGGCGGCAGGGCCACAAGGUCCUGGCUUGUUCUUGGCCUAAAAACGCAUGGAAGGUGGGCGGAAUUCCUUUCCUGGUCACGCUCUGGUCCUUCGCGACUGAGAGGGCCCAGGGGAUCUGAACGCCUUUCGUUUUUUCGGUUUCUUUCCUGGGGCCCCACGGUUUUCAC